AGUCUUGGCUUCAGGGCCUCAGGGCACAGGCGCUAUGUUGAGCCCCCCCGUCAGCUGCGCCAUGUGCCGCGCUCACCUGCCUCGGCUGCAGCGCAUCUGCCAGCAGCCCAAAACACCGCCGCGGCCACUGCCGCGGUGGCCGCUGGCGCUGCUGCCGCUGGCAAUGCCCCAAAGCUUGCGCCGUGUCACGGCCAUGGCGCGGUCCGAGGGACAGCUCCACCUGGCGUUGACGGAGAACAGGGCCGUGGCACUGGAGACCUCUGGGGAAGCAUGUGUCGACUUUCUGUUUCUGGUGGUUCCUGGCAUCAAGCGAGAUCACUUAUUUUCCCUUCUGCGAGCUGCGUGGAACGAGGAUCCCCUCUGCACCAUGAAGCUGGUCUUUCAGCUGGGCGAUCCACGCUGGGGCAAAUCGGAUCGUGACAAUCACCAGCUCUGUCUGCUGUGGCUCUGGCGCCACUUCCCCGCUUCCGUGAAGGAGAAUGUGGGCUCCGGUGCGUUGGCGGAACACACGUGCCUCAAAGGGCUGCUGGAUCUCUUGAUGUACGCCGCGUGGGAUGAUGAAAAAUUUAUUCACCUGGAUUUGGAGGAGUUUCCACAGCGAGGAACUUGUAGUGACUCCAAAGCUGACAAGAAGUCUGAGAGAUUUCACCAGAGAAAGAUGCAGAAUCCGGAGCGACGUGAAAAACAAGCAGCUGACCGACAAGAACGUAUCAGGCGCUUCUGCAAGAUCUUGGAAGCGGAAGGGCUUCAGCCAGCUGAGAUCCGACGUCACCGAACCUUCCAUGACGAGAGCGUCCCAAAACGGAUGCCCUGGAUCGAGAAAGAGGAGUGGGCUUCAGAGGACAUCAAGGGUCGCUUCCGAGUCUUCUGUGAAGAGCUGGACCAGGCAAGAAACCAGAAGAUUCACGAAGAAGUCAAACAAAGCAGGAAGAUGCAGCUGGAACAGGUGAGAGAGAAGUAUGAAACAGACCAAGAGCUUGCAGAACUGUACGUCACUGUGGCGGAGGUCUUUGCCGUUGCCCUGAGAGGCCUGACGAAGAUCAUGCAGAAGCAGAAGAAUGGGCAUGAGCUGUCACGGGAGGAGCAACUGAAACUGACUGGAAGUUUGUAUCCAAAGUGGGCACCGACCAAAGACGGUAUGCAUGACAAGAAGACAGACAUCGUGCGCGGAAUCGUAGAACGCAUAUUUCCGGAGGAGGAGUUCCGGCUUCCUGAGGGGACGUACGAUGACUACAUUUCCUUCAUGAAAGACAAGUAUCGGAAAGAGGUACUCACGCCUUUGAGACGACAGACGGAAAUUGUGGAGUCCUUCAUUGGGUCGCAGAACUGGGAGGAAAUCAACUACAACCGCAUGCCUGCUCGAUGUCGGCUUUUGUACGGACAGAGCGUCUAUGCUGAAAACGAUCGCACGAGGUACGAGCAGCACGUUGAAGCAGCCCUGCAGGGGGGUGCCACUAUCAAGGGCCAGGUGAUGCCACACGAGCUGGUGGGCAAGGCGGCUUCGUGUGACGUGUCGGAUUUGGAGCUGAAAGAAGUGCAAGGUCAGUGGAAUGACUUGGUGCGAGAGGUCAAGGCAGCCGGACAUCUUGGCCAAUGCCUGGCGGUUUGCGACGUCUCCGGCUCGAUGGAAGGGCCUCCCAUGAAGGCGGCAGUGGCCUUAUCCCUGCUGAUCUGUGAAAUUGCCAGAGAUCCAUGGAGAAACCGCAUUUGCACCUUUUCGCAAGAUCCGGCAUUCUGCGAGAUACCUGAAGGUUCAUUGCGGGACCGAGCCGAAAGGGUCGAGUCCAUGCCUUGGGGCUUCAACACCAACUACGAGCGAGUCUUUGAUCGGAUUCUGGAGGUGGCGACCCAGCAUCGUGUGGCGCCUGAUGACAUGCCGGAACUGCUGGUGGUUCUCUCCGACAUGCAGUUCGACGAAUCCAGCAGUUCGACGAAUCCAUGGGCCACGAGCCAUGAGAACAUCGAGGCCAAGUUCAGGUCAGCAGGCUACAGCAUGCCUGAGAUCGUCUAUUGGAAUCUCCGUUCAUCAGAAGCUCAUGGACGCGUGCCGACGCGAUCCACAGAGAAGGGGGUGGUGAUGCUUAGCGGGCUGAGCCAGGGGCUUUUGAAGAGCUUCUUGCAGCGAAAGUUGGAAAUUCCAACGCCCCUGGAGCAAAUGCGAGCCAUCGUGAACACCAGUUGCUCACCAUGUGGAACCGCCUGACCGUUCCAAAGAGAUCCUAAGAGUUUGCGAAAAUCAACAUCUGUGGGCUAUUAUGAAGAUGUGAAGAUCGCCCCUGAUGAUUUACGACUCGUUCCUCCUCCCCAGUUGGCCGACUUGCUUUUCAGCUGAGAGGAUGAGACCCUGCCAAGCGGCGCCGAGAAAUGAGGUCUUGUUAUAUGGGUAUAUAGAAU